UGACUGCACAACAGCAACGUACUGUAGGUGGCGCUAUACAUUUAGAUUGUUAUGCGCCAAAAAACUAAAGACGAAGAAGAAGAAGAAGAAGAAGACUCCAUUGAGGAAACCCCUCCCACGCUGUCUUGACACUUGCUCUGCUGGAAAACUGCUUCCUUUCUAUUACAGUGCAUGUGUUUUCAAAUCUCAUCAUGGAAAAGGCGUCUCCUCCUCUGCGAUGCUUUCGUGAAUCACACUCCUCUGAGCUUUUCAGCGAUGACGGCGUGCAAACGGUGACCUCGAGAGAACAGAGAAAAGUUGAAUGCAGUAUUCAAGAGGUGUACAGUGUUUACCAGCAAAUUCACACCUCACCGCAGCCUGCUUUACUGAGGGAGCAACACUAUCAUUAUCUGAAGAAAGGUUUACGCCAUCUCUCUGAUGCAUAUGAGUGUUUGGAUGCCAGCCGGCCUUGGCUCUGCUACUGGAUCCUGCACAGUCUGGAGCUGCUAGAGGAGCCUGUGCCGGCAGCAGUUGCCUCAGAUGUGUGCCAGUUCCUGGCCAGAUGUCAGAGUCCGACAGGUGGGUUCAGUGGCGGUCCGGGUCAACACGCUCACCUGGCUCCCACCUACGCAGCUGUAAACGCCCUUUGCAUCCUGGGCACAGAGGAGGCCUUCAAAGUCAUCAACAGAGAGAGGCUCCUGGACUUCCUGUACUCUGUGAAGCAGCCAGAUUGCUCCUUUGUGAUGCAUGUGGGCGGGGAGGUGGACGUCAGGAGUGCAUAUUGUGCCGCUUCUGUGGCUUCACUCACCAAUAUAAUCACCCCCACCCUGUUUGAUGGGACGCACAAUUGGAUUCUCAGCUGUCAGAACUGGGAGGGCGGUUUAGGUGGAGUUCCAGGACUUGAGGCACAUGGCGGCUACACCUUCUGUGGUACUGCUGCUCUGGUCAUACUGGGCAAAGAACAUAUGCUGGAUCUCAAAGCCUUGUUACGCUGGGUAACCAGCAAACAAAUGCGUUUUGAAGGUGGAUUUCAGGGCCGCUGUAACAAGCUGGUGGAUGGGUGUUACUCCUUCUGGCAAGCAGGACUAUUACCGUUACUCCACAGGGCUCUUUUUAAAGAAGGAGACUCAACGCUGAGUGAGAGUAGCUGGAUGUUUGAGAGAGAGGCUCUGCAGGAAUACAUCCUCCUCUGCUGCCAGAAUCCUGGUGGAGGCCUUCUGGACAAACCGGGCAAGUGA